UGUUGUUACUUAUUGUAUAAUCUGUGACCAAUUAGAAAUUAUGGUAAAAAAAAGUUUAGAUCAAUCAAAACAUUUAAAAUAUAAGAAAUAAAACAAAAGGAAAGAGUUGACAAAAAAAACAAAAGGAAAGAAACAGCUAAAAAGGAAAUCAAACCUACCCACAAAACAAAUUAAACAUAUCUUUUGCGGAAAAGGAAAAUUAAACAACAAAGGAAAUUAGUGAACAACUCAGUUAGGUUUUUUUGUUAUAAAUAAGAAAGAGCUCUGAAGCAACAAUUCAUUCGAUAUCUUGUUUUGUUUCUCAAGUCAAACCAAAAACAACUCACAGAAAAAGCUAGAGAGAGUUUGAAUUCCAUAACCCUAAUAACAAAGUAUGUCGAACAAGACGAUUAUCAGAGAAGACAACAACGAAGCUUUGCAUGUUGUUGUUGUUAACGAACCAUCUUCGCUAGAGUUCGUCUCUUUUCUUGGCAAAGGUGGUUUCGGUUCCGUAGCUCUCAUGAGAGAUUCCAAAUACCAAUUAUACGCUGAGAAAUCAUCUCCAAUGGAUUUCAUCAAGAGUCUCGAGAAAGAGCAUAGGAUCAUGCUACGUUUCCGCAACCAUCUACGCAUAAUCCAAACCACGAGCCCUAAUCUUCACAUAGGGUUCAAUCUCGACCGUUGCUACAUCAACAUGGAGUUCGCCUCCAAAGGCACUUUCCACAACAUCAUCUCUCAGUUGCGUGGUAGACCAAUGCCGGAGUUCAUGGUUGGACGUGCCGCUCUUAUGAUCUUACAAGGACUAGAAGCUCUUCACUCACAAGGCUACGUUCACUGUGAUCUCAAGCCGGCCAACGUUCUCCUCUUCCCUUCCAAGACUUUCGGAGAGCCGUGGGAUCUCAAGCUUGCUGAUUUUGGUUUAUCCAAGGAACCGGGUACGGAUUCUAGGUCGUCUUUGUCUGGUGGUACGCCGCAGUACAUGCCCCCUGAGUCUUUGGGACCCAACGGAGUGAAGAUGGUGGGACCUGCCGUUGAUAUGUGGUCUCUAGGGUGUGUUGUGGCUGAGAUGUUUGGUGGCUGGCCUGAGAAGAGGCGAGGUUGCUACGCGUGGAGGCUUCCCGGACUUGUCUCUCCGGUGGCUAAUGACUUCUUGAGAAGGUGCAUGGCGUUUCAACCCUCGCGUAGAUCCACCGCAGCGGAUCUGUUGAAACAUCCUUUUGUUGCGCUGCAAAGAGGACCCAUGAUGAUGACGAUGGCUCCACCACGGCCAGAUCAGAUGCUUCAGUAUUGUCCUCCUCCGGUUAGAAGACAAAUAGGACCAGUGAUGAUGAUGAUGAUGGCUCCACCAAGACCUGGAGAUUUGAUCUGCUGAGAUCAAUCAAAAAUAGAAAAAGAGAGGAGUUUGCGAUCAAAGGCAGCUAUUUAGGUUUCGGUUGUUAAAGAGUCGUGUAUAGGUUUCAGCUGAGUCCAUGUCUUAAUUUCAGUUGGUCAUGUUUUGGUACUUGCGUGCUAAGUUUCAGACACUUUCACUCUUUUAGGUUCAAGGUCUGAUAUUAUUUGUAAAUGCAUCUUACGUCUUUUAAAUCAGAGAUUAUUCUAAGUGUUUGAUUCUUUGAUAUCUUCUAAUAUUGCACUAUUCAAACAAAAAUAUCGUCACACUUU